CGGAAUCGGUGACUACGAAUCGCUGGCGGCGCUGGCUGCCGAGGAGGAGCACGACGAAGAGUUGCAGCGCGAGGAGAAAAAGGCCAGGAUCAAGGCGGAGAUCGCUCGGCGUCGGCGGCAGAUUGAAGACAACGUUCGGCUGCACGAGGAGCUGCUGCGCCUGGCCCGGAUCCGCGAGAACGCCGAACACGAGUAUUCGACGUCCAUGCUGCCGUCGCUAUCCGCUGCAGGUGGCUGCUACGCGGGACGGCGGCCGAUGACCGAGGACGAGUGUCAAGUGUUUGCGCGCGCGGCCGAAAAGAUAGCCGAGGAACGGUCCAUGGAACGGAUCGCGUCCACAUUCCGGACGGCUGCUGCGGCGGCCGCCGAGGAUUACGCGCGCCGUGGUGGUGUCUACGGUGGCGAGUACGGCUCGGCGGCGGCCGGCUGCGUGGCCGGUGAUUACACGCCCCCACACGCCAUGCCGCUGUUGCCAGACAUGCCGACCAGGAGCAGAAGGCUGCUGGAAAACCUGGGAAGUUCGCCGAUCACGGAUUCCGUGCUAUUGGACGGCGAACAGAAAGCCAUGCAGAAGAAAGUCAACUUUCUCAACGUCCUAUGAGAUGGAUAAAAAAAAAAAACACGACGUCGUAUUAAUAAUAAUAAUAAUAUCAUAAUAUGUGUCCAAUGUG